UUGGGCAUUUGAGUCAUUCAGGUACUUAGUGUCCAACGGAGAGGGACGAUCUGAAAGCCGCCAGUGUUUGGAGUGCGGAGAGCUGUUUAUAUAAACACCGCAGCGUAAACGACGCGAAUAUUCGAGUUUGCGAUUUGACAGCGCGCACACCUCCUAUUCUCCGUUCGUUCUCCUUUAGCGGAGUCGUCGGAUUUCGUUUCUGGGUGUUUUUUUUUAUUUUUAAGGAUUGUAUGCACCGUCAACGCAUCGCUAUAUGAUGUCUGUUUCUGCAAAAAUCAGUUUUACUGUUCGUAGUAUUCUGGAUUUACCGGAGCAUGAGGCGGGUCAUUCCCCAGAAAGCUGUUCUGCCUCUUCAUAUUCUGAGUGGUCAGAAGGUGACAGAAGUCACUGCCUAUCAUCUGACGAGAGCUGUCCAGAGACAUUUCCAGAUUCAACCCAGAAAGCAGAGCCCAGUUCAGAGACAGAAGCCGAAAAAAAGAAGAAGCGACGGGUUCUUUUCUCCAAAGCCCAAACCUUUGAGCUGGAGAGGCGAUUCCGGCAGCAGCGCUACCUCUCCGCCCCUGAACGCGAGCAGCUCGCCCAUCUUCUCAGUUUGACACCGACCCAAGUGAAAAUCUGGUUUCAGAACCACAGAUACAAAAUGAAACGAGCCAGGACCGAGGGAUCUACAGACCUCAGCCAGACCCCGCUUCUGCGUAGGGUGGUCGUACCGGUGCUGGUUAGGGACGGAAAACCGUGCCACACCUGCGUCAUCGACUCGGCACAGUUUCAGGACAAACCUGGCUGCGGCAUCUCCACAUCAGCACCGCCCGCGUCCUUUGCUCUCCAUGGGUACCAGCCCCUUCAUCACGCCGCUCCCCUGACAUUGAUUCCCGGCUAUCAGCACUUAACUAGCCCUGCAGCGUCCAGGCAUCACUGGGCUUGGUAACCGGGGUACCUGUCGGGUCUUGGACUGCAGUACAGCUUUUGAAUUGCAGCUUAUAAUCUCAAGAAAGCAUUUGAACUGCAUUUGAUUAAUUUUACAGUAACUAGUAAUCACUGUCGCCUGUCUGUUGGGAUUAAACUACCCGCGUUAGCAAAAUCCUCUCGGAACAAAGACUUCAGCUUGAUGUGGACAUUUAUGAACUUUUUUGCACAGGUUCAUUUAUUACUGAAGAGCUAUGUUUUUCGAGGAGUUCGGUUACUCUUAAUAGCAAUAGCAAUGAUAGAUUUUAUUUUAAUGUGUCAUUGGAGAUUUUGGAAUUAUUAAGAAAAGCACAAUUUUGGAUAUGCAUUUGCUUUAUAGUCUGUAUCAAUGAAAAUAUUUCAAUAGCAUUACUUUUACCAACUACUCCAGUGUACAAUCAUAACUGCUGAUUCCUAAGACCUGGUCUUCUUUUUUUUAAUUGUUCUGAAAAGCACUAAAUCUUUGAUAGAGUAUUUUGCAGCUGCACGGUGUCUUUCUUGUAUUGUCGCUGUAAGAUAAAAAAAAAUCUCAACACCUUGUUCUUUGAAGUUACAACCAAAAUGGCAACCAAAAUUAAACGCAUUUUAAUGUUUCGGUUAAAUUUAAUAAAGAGUUUUUUCGUAUCAUUCAUUG